AUGAUUCCAACAAUAUCGAAGCCAAAAACCAACCAAUCUACAAAAUCUGCAAGAAAAUCUUCUAAUGAGAGCCCGUACCCCAGUGUAACAUUCCGCCCUAAUUCUUCUCUUUCUCACUUGAUAAUUGAAGUUCCGGUAGCUCAGCUAAAAAAGUUCAAGCAUGCUGGGGAAACUGUUUCCGUAGAACGGGAGACCCAGCAUUUUUGUGAAACCACUACAAUGCAUGGACCGAAGAGAAUAUUUCAAGGAAAACGGUGGGCAACAUUAUUUUGGCUGAUUAUGGUAUGCACCUCCAUUGGACUUCUGAUUACUCAAGUGUGCAUUUUGGCAUCAAAUUAUCUCUCAAAGCCGGUUGUAUCUGAUGUAUCAUUUCUAAUCAAUGAAGAAGGAAUCCAAUUCCCCCAGAUUACCAUUUGCAACUUUACACCAAUUCGAAAAACUUUUGUUAAUGAAAUGAACAAAACCGGCCAAAUAAGUCCUAAUAUGAUCAACUACAUAAUGCAUUGGUUCACUGAAGUUCCAAUUUUGAUUGGCAGCUCGAAUUGGCAAUUGUUGCAUGAAGGAAAUAAAGAUUUGCAAGAAUAUCAGAAAAAUAACCCAAAUUUCACAGUACAAGGAUUUUUCAUAGAUGCUGGUUUCAGUUGUUCCGAUAUUUUUAAACUGUGUAGCUUCCAAGGCGAAACAUUUGAUUGUUGCUCAAUUUCCACUCCGGUUUUGACACCACUCGGUAAAUGUUAUACUUUGGAUCUUUUGAGCAGUACAAAACCAAGUAUGCACAAACAAACAGAACCUGGAAUUCAAGCAGGUCUUGCAAUUACAUUGGAUGCACAUCUUGAGGAGCAGUUUGAUGGCUCAAAUGGAAUGGAUGCACUUUUUACGAAUUCAUUUGUAAAUGGAUUUCAAUAUUUCGUUCAUCCACCUAACACUAUUCCACAUUUGUCAUCUGAUGAGUUUACAGUUACUCCGAAUUCUGUAGCGUACACCGCUAUAUCAAGUGAACGGUUUGAACUUCUGCCCACCAAUAAAUGGGGUAACUGCACGGAGCAUUAUCCAAGUGGAAUCAAGUCUGAUCUACCUUACCUCACUGGAAAUUGCGUUUCACUUUGCAAAGCUAAAUUUUUUAUGGAAAACUGUGGAUGUACACCGGCAGUCUACAAUAAUGAGCGGAAUUUGAAAGAAUGCACGCCAUUUGAAACGUUAGCCUGUGUCAAUAAUCAUAAUGGGUCUAACAACGCAACAGGGAAACUGGAGUUCAAACUUCCACGUUGUGCUCAAUGUGCUCAGCAAUGCAAUAAUCUGAUAUAUCGAGCGUUCAACUCCCAGGGUAACCAGUUUUCGGCGAGAGCCUUUGAAUGGUUUCGCACAAAUAACUCAAAUUGGACAAUGGCACACAUCAAAACCAACUUCCAAAUAAUCCACAUUUUCUACCAAGAUAUGUCAAACACAGAGUAUAAUCAAGUUCAAGAUGCAUCAAUUUCAGAUCUUUUAAGUAACAUUGGAGGAAAUAUGGGAAUGUUCUUGGGAAUGUCACUUAUCACAAUAACCGAGAUUUGCCUUUAUUUCUCGAAAAUCAUUUGGUUAGGAAUUUCAAAGAAGCGACGGGAGUACAUGUAUUCAAAACGGGUUCAUGAAAAGACUCAUAAAAAAGAAAUUGUCGAGACGGUUGAGAAGAUGAAAGUUAUUGAAUCGAAACGAAAAUUAUCAUCACCUAUCGGUUUUGAAAAUCAAAUUUCGUGGAAUUCGAACGACAACGUUGAAUUUCGAAUAAAUCUUAACAAUUUGGAACGGGAAUUUGAAGCCGUCGGAUCAAGGAGCGUUUUGAUCUGA